GUUCUUAGUACUUACCUUACCUGACGCUAUGUCCGCUGCUGUCCAAAAAAUUCUUGUCGUGGGUGGUAAUGGGUUCGUCGGUUCUGCGGUGUGCAAGGCCGCUCUUGCGCGGGGCAUGGGGGUCACCAGUGUUAGUUCAUCUGGGACACCUUACCGCACCCCAAAAGGUCAUACCCCAGACUGGGUGGAAAAGGUAGAAUGGCGAAAAGCUGACGCCAUGAAUCCCGACACAUAUGCUGAUAUUCUGCCUGACGUCAACGCGGUUGUGCAUACCAUAGGCACGCUCCUGGAUAACACGCAACGCAAUAAACAGUUCCACGACAAGGACUUCGUAGGCUUGCUCAAGUCAAUUACUGGCAUCAGCCCGGUGGAAGCACGUCAUCUAGGAGGCUAUGAAAAACUUAAUCGCGACACUGCCAUCCGCAUGUGCAAGGCAUUCACUGCCAGUAAACCCAGCCAAGGAAUCACGGAUGUUCGCCCGUUCGUAUACAUCUCCGCGGAGGACUUUGGCAGGCCUGUUGUAUCAGUGCGAUACAUAGAGACAAAAAUGGCGGCCGAGAGGAAAAUCGACGAGAUCAUGAGAGAUCAUCCACAGUAUCGAGCUGUGCACGUUCGGCCUUCUUUGAUAUACGACCCAGAGACGAGGCCGGUGACCAUCCCGGCCAAGUUGUUUACCUUUUCUGCGUGGAUGCACGCAGGCAUGCCGUCGUUUGUACCGAUGCCAGCAUCCAUCUUGAGGUGGCUCGGCACAAGGGUGUUUCCAAAGGCGACGGAGCAGACGCCUUCUGCAUUGGUAUCUAUUGCCACGCUGCUGAGCGUGCCACCGAUUCGGGUCGACCAUUUGGCGGAAGCUAUCUGCAGUUCGCUAGAUCCUGCUAAAAAUGUGAAGGGACCCAUCGGUGUUCGGGCUAUGAGGGAGCUGAUUGGAUGGUCGAAAGGGGGGCCUAAGACUUCUUUGUCGCAGUCUUGAUAGAACAUUGUCGUCUAAUUACAGACUUUCACCGCUGAUAUUGCUGGUCCGACAAUUGCAAAUCCCAUUAGACAAAUCAUGUUCUUCUUCCAUACGCAUGUUCGGUAUCUGCAGAUAUGAUAAGAUUGGACCGAGUCCGGGUCCUUGAUGGAUCACCUAUCAGUUCGCCUGUAGAAGAACAUUGCGGUUGACAACAUUGAUGGUUCGCUUUGGACAUUUGCCACUGUUCGGUCCAGUGUU